AUGAAAUCAUCUCGUCUAUCUUUUCUGAAAAGGUCGCCCUUGAAGACUGUCAUACGCCUAACAAAGCAAGAUGCAGAGGGCAGGCAUUUUUAUACCACAGGAGAUCAUAUCGACGGAGUGGCUUCUGUGAUCACGAAUAAAGACAUCGAGAUUGAAGGCAUACAGAUAUUACUACAGGGUUCUGGGUCAUUGUCAACGAAAGCGAAACAUGUCUUUCUCUCGAUGCACCAGCCAAUGGAGAAUAUGGGAAUUCCUAUCCCUAAAGUGUUGAAGACUGGACGGGUCUACAGCUUUGAAUUUCAAUUCACCGUUCCCGAUCGUCUACUUCCACAUAUUUGUCGACAUAUCAAACAGAACCGCCAUGUCUCCGAGGCCCAUCUUCUUCUACCGCCAUCUAUGGGAAAAACAAGGUCUAGAACGCAUCCAGCUUCAAAAGACGGCCUGAGCCCCUCCAGCGUUGAAACGUCCUAUUCCAUUUGUGUCUCUUUAUUCACGCCCUCCAAGAAAGGCCAUCCAUCUCAUAGACUAUCCUCUAUGACCAAACCUGUUUGGAUCAUUCCAACGGUCUAUGAACAGCCACCAAUCGGCCAUUCUGAUAGUCUACUGUACUGUGUACACAGAGAGAUUGUAUUAAAGCGUGGACUUUGGAAUGGUAUUUCCGGGAGGCUUUUUGCCUCAGCCCUGCAGCCCAACUCACUUUCUUCAUCGGCGACGGGGUUAGGAAUGGAGCGGAAGUUUGAGGCUAUGGCAUCUCUGGAACUUGAAUUCUUCUCGCACGCACUGCAAAAGCCCCCGGAAUUGAAGUCAAUGGCGGCAAAACUUGUGGCAAUCACCUUUCACAGUUCGAGACAAUGGGAAGACUUUCCCGAUGCGUCAUUUGGAGAAGAUCAUUUCGGCCUUGAGGAUCGAAACGUUUAUCGAAGGAGCAUAAAUCUCUCGGAAGUGUGUCUCAAAUCCCAAAAGUGGGCCAAAUCUACCGGCGACUUGUCUUCAAAUUGUUACAAGACUGUCGUACAGAUCCCUAUUACAAGCCCACGAGAUAGGCUUCUCACGCCAACAUUUCACUCCUGCUUGGUUUCUCGCAUUUACUUGAUUGAACUGUCUUUGUCAUACUAUAUACCAGGGGCAGUGGCUCUUACCUCCAGCCUCAACCUCCGAGUUCCCAUUCAGGUCACAAAUUAA